AUGAGCAGUCCACCGUUGUCUCCCUCGAUGGACCCCGUCACCAUCAGCGAGGACAUUGCCCCGUUGCCAUCCUCCAAGGUCAGCGGCGUUGCGAGUGUGGAUUUUGACGGUGUCCUAUCCAAGUCACUCAAGGUGCACGAAGAUGUUCGAUCUGGUUGUGGUGGUCAAACGUGGCCAGCAGGAAUGCUUCUCGGCAAGCAUCUGUUGCGUUACCACAAAGACCGACUUGCGGACGCUCGGAUAUUGGAACUUGGAGCUGGAGGCGGUCUCAUCGGACUCGCCGUCGCCCAAGAAUGUCCGCUUCGAAACCAGUUGCUGGUGACGGACCAGCUGGAGAUGUAUGAGUUGAUGCAGCACAACAUCAAGCUGAACAACUUACAAGACAAAGCAAAAGCCAUGGUGCUGAACUGGGGCGAAGAUUUGCCAGCAGUUGUGCUGGAGCAAAAGCCAGACGUGAUCUUGGCAGGCGAAUGUGUUUAUUUUGAACCCGCCUUUCCCCUUCUGAUGUCUACACUCAAGGCUCUACUGGAACUCAACUCUACAGCUAUUAUCUAUUUCUGCUUUAAGAAAAGAAGACGCGCUGACAUGAACUUCGUCAAAAUGGCUAAGAAGGCUUUCAAAGUUGAAGAGAUCUUUGACGAAGAUCGGCCUGUUUUCCAGCGCCAGGGCCUUUUCCUUUUUUCCUUUUCUAGCCGUACAAGUCAAGCAAAAGCCAUCAAAAGCCAACGUGAAUCACAGCUGGGAAAAUGA